AUGGUGUUGCGUUUAACUGAGCACCUACUGGCUGAGUAUGAAAUUAAAGAAGAAGCGACAAUGGUACACAUACCUGAAUCAAUAUCCACAAUUCUUCCACGAAUGGAUAGUAAUGCAAACAUGGCCAAACUGUUGGAGAGAUACAAACCUCCAAUAGUACGCUCAACUAUUCGAAAUUACCAAGCCGAAAUGUAUUUUCAAGCCUUAUUCCAAAACUCUUUGAUUGCUUUACCAACUGGCAUGGGAAAAACAUUGAUCGCUAUUUUAUUAAUGAAAAAGAUGUGGGAGCUGAAUCCGCAAAAGCUAAUAGCAUUCGUUGUCACAAAGAUACCCCUUGCAUUUCAACAGUGUGAAUAUAUCGAGCUUGAAACUGGUAUUCCAUGCCAAGUUUUGUGUAGUGAGACGAAAAAUGAUGAUACAUUGCGAAAAUUGCAAUCAAAGGAGGUCAAAAUUCACUGUUUUACACACGGAAUGUUAUUUUCUCUUAUAGAGGCAUCAGUUGUCUCUCCAGAAGAUUUUUCCAUGGUUGUGUUUGACGAAAUCCAUCAUGGAGUCUCAGAAAAUGACAAAUUUUGCAAGAUUGCUAAAAGAUUGUUAACAAGCAAGCAUGAAGUUAAAAUAUUAGGCCUUACAGCUACACCUUCUCAUCUACAAGAAAUUCAAACCAAUUUUAACAUUACUUCUGUCGUCUAUCCAUGCAUUACGAGAGAAGAAAUUGAGGAAAUCAAAUCAUUAACAACAACAAAACCAAUAUUAUUCAAGGAACAAGAAGAACAGUCUCAAAUGAAAAACAUUAUUGACACAAGAGUUUCAGCUUUGAAUGAUAAGCUUGGACAGUACGCACUUUCUGAUAUUACUCUUAACCAUUAUUCUAUGACGAUAGGAUAUUUACGAAACGAGCAAUUUCCUUCUGAUCUUAGAAAUAUAGUAGAGCAAAUGCGAAAGCUUGCUUUUCUAAUUGAAAUUACAGACAUCUUGGGAACUAAAUGUACGAUCGACAUUAUUAACAAAAGUCAAGAUUCAACCUUAACACAGCUGAAACCGCAUGUUCAAUCAAUUCCGUCAAAAUAUUCACCAAGAUAUGGAGCAUUGGAAAAGAUACUUAAAAAAAGAGCCUCAUUCGAUGAGAAAAUUAUUGUUUUUGUGAAAACCAGAGACACUGCUCUCAAAUUGACAAGUUUGCUCGAGAGAAACGAAGCGCUUUCUCAAUUUUAUCCUAAACGCAUUGUUGGCCAGAGAGGCUUUGAUGGAAUGGACUGGGAGCAAGAACAACAGUUAUUGAUUGAAGAGUUUAAAACUGGGGAAUGCAAACUUCUUGUUUCAACUAGCGUUCUCGAAGAAGGUAUCGAUGUCUCAGAUUGCAAUCUAGUUGUUCUUUUCGAUGGUGGCAUGUCGUUGCGUAGGAUUGUUCAAUCGAGAGGAAGAGCAAGAAAGAAAAAUAGUGAAUUUAAAGUUAUAAUUUCGGAACAUCAAGAAAAGAUGUUAAGAAAAAUUUUGAAUGAAGAACAAUCAAUGCAAGAGGAAAUUGAAAAAAGAUCAAAAUCAGAUGAGAUUGAACCUCUGUUCAGAGAAUUCUUGAAAACGAAAGAUUUAACUCCUACUCUAGAAACCAUGUUUUUGAAAUUUAUAAUUCAUCACUACAAGACAACCAGUGCAGAAGAUAUUUUGAGAAAUUUAACAGGUUACAAGUACGAACAUGCAGAAUUGGAUUCUCAAAAGAUACACAUGAGCGUAACAAUUACAGGUGUUGGAGAAUGUGACUUGAUGUUACAUUUUAUCAAGAUUAAGGACAUGUUGACCAAUGACAGAACCGUGUUAUUGGAAUUGUAUGAAGACAAAAUUCUGAACGAACCUACUUCAUUAGACGAACCAUCAUUUAUGUUUUCAAGAGGGGCCUUGAUAUGCUCUGAUAAUGAAUGUAAAUUUAUUGAAAAAACUGCUGAAGAGUCUUGUAAAGGGUCAUGGAGAACCCCAGAGGUCAUGUAUAAUGUUAUCAUGGGAAAUUUUGGUCAAUUUGUCUUGAUAUCUGCUCUCAAUGUUUUUAUUGUUACCAGAACUCCAGAAACAAUUAAUCAAUUUACUUACGCCUACAAAUUCCAGACUGAAAAAGACUUGCGGAAUGCUUUGUGCAGGUGGAAUAAUAGCCUGAAGAUUGAAAAAAUUUACUACACUCACAUUGAAUGGAUUGUUGACAUUGAUCCACAGCCCAUGGAGCCCAUAUUGACUGAUUUUUAUCACCUCUAUUUGUUUACUUACUUGCAGAACUUGGGGAUCUUGGUUCAUAUUUCCUCACCUAUUAUUACUACAUUCGGAAAUAUAAUCCAUGAUUUGCAUGAAGAAUCAAAAACUCUUUCAUUUACAGGUAGUCUCGGAAACAGACUUUUGAAGAAUGAUUUUAUUGACGAAAAGACCCUCCUACAAUUUUUGCAUCAAGAAAAAGAGUUUGUAAGACCAUUACCUGUUAUUGAAAACUUUGUUUUAACAAAACGAGUUAGAAUCAUUGAAGCGAAUGACAUUAGAGUGGACUUACCGAUAUUUGUAUCCAGUAAUCGAGUUUUUAGAAAAUAUGGAAGCAAUAAGUUUUUAAGAGUCUCUUUUGAAGGUAAAACCUCCUUUGAGCAUCUCUCCACAGGACUCUCACUAUUUGGUAAGAAAUUUGCUCUAGUUGGUGGCUCUUUGAGCAUGAUAAGAAAUAGUUCAAUCUACUUCUAUGAGUCGGACAAUGAUAAUGAUCCAUCGAGCAUCAUGGAUGAAUUUGGAACGAUUGAAGAAGCCUCAAUUUGCAAAAUAAUUUCGAGAAGGGCUUUGAAUUUCACAUCCACCAUUGAAACGUGUGUCAUCGAAAAAUUUAAAGAGAUUCCGGAUAUUAUGGACACAACCUCAACAUCAAUGUUAUCGGAUGGAGUUGGCCAAAUUUCAUUAACCAAAGCUAAAGAAAUUUCGAACUUCUUAGAAUUGGAUGACGUUCCAACUGCCUUUCAAAUUAGAUUCCUUGGUUACAAAGGAGUGCUCACAGUUCUUCCCGAUGAAUUUUUAAAUGGCAAUGACGCUCAAUUUAGACCUAGCAUGAAGAAAUUUAUUGGCAAUGAAAAGUAUAACAAGUUGGAGAUUGUGAGCCAUAGCAACAGCCGUCAAAAAGCAUUCCUUAAUAAUCAAAUCAUACUUUUGUUAUCAUCAUUGGGAAUUCCUGACGAGAAUUUUUUGCAAAAGUUCGACGAACAAUUAUUGACACUGAUGCCCAACCUAACGGAUCCGAAGAAAAUGCUCUCUUUAUUGAAAGCGAAUUACUUGGACACAUUGCCUGCAUUAAACGAGUUAAAUGACAUGGUUGAUGACCCAUUCUUAGAAUCGGUAGUUAAAUACUCAUUUGGAAAAGAUGUUAUGGGAAUGCAAAGUAGUGGUCAUUUGUAUGUGGAGAAUGCUGUGUCAGCUCUUGGAAUCAUUGAUGACUUUCAACUACUUGAGGAGGGAGAACUGAUGGUGCUUCUUGGAAAUAGCGAAACGGUUCCUGAUGGAACCAAAGUAUUUGUUUGCCGAAAUCCCUGUUUACAUCCAUCAGAGCUCAAACUCUAUACCGUACGCAAUGCUAAAAUACCACUUUUAAAUUCUACAGCGGUGGUGGUUUUUCCUGGAAAGGGAAAGAAUAGAAUACCUGGUGACUUAGAUGGUGAUCGAUAUUUUGUGUGUUGGGAUCCGGAUCUAGUUCCUAAAAGAAGUUAUGAUGAAUCGCCUUUUUUUACUGUGGAGGAAGAAGUGAAGCUGAAACCAUCACCAAAUGGUUCUAUGUUUAUUGACCAACUUUUGAACUAUUUCCUAUUUUCUGAUACCACACUGGAUGAUGUCUCGUCUCCGGACAACAAUGGUCUUCUUGAGCAGAUGUUGAAACAGUAUUCAGUAGCAACUGAUCUACAAACAAUGAUGGAGCACAGUAAGGAUUUGGGAAAAAUCUGUAAUGCAUGGACAGCUGUUUGUGAUCAAGAGGUGAACGGCGCAUUUUCAGAUAGGGCUCAACAAUUAUCUUCGAUUUUUAAUAUUGCUGUUGACUCUGUUAAGACUGGAAAGACAGUUGAUAUCCCUAAAUGGGUUGAUGAAUUAGAGUAUCCAGAUUUUAUGAAGCAUUCGAAAUCCUGCUAUCAGUCACAUUCAAUUCUUGGAAAAUUUUAUCAACGACUUUGCCUCUUUUCAUCUCAAAACUCGUCAACUAGUUCACAAACACCUUCAACAAUUCCGCGACAUGAUAUUACUAAGAAGGAUACUGAAAAUGUAGCGCUACAAAAGUAUUUGGAGUUUGAAAAUUGUUGCAACUAUAUCAAGCAAAUCUACUCUAGCUCAGAUUUAGAUUUAGUUGCAGGUGACCGAAAGCUUGGAAGAAAGUUAUAUGCUUCUCUUGUCUCAAAGUACAAAAGAAAGGCGGAAGAACCUGAAUUUAAUCUCUCACCAGAAAUUGUUACCUUUGACGCGUAUCAAUGGAUCGUACCAAGUGAUACAAGCUUGAACAAUUAUAUUCCGUUCGCAACCAUUUCUCGAUCUAUUUAUCAUUUCAUUAAUAAUUGUUCAGAGUUUUAUCUCGAUCAGUUAAGGGAAAUAGAAAGAGAAAAGAUCAAAAUUCAAGACAUUGCGAAAGAUCAAUUUAGAGUAUUUAUUUAUGGAUCUCUUUCUGUGCUUCUUCAUGACUCAAACAACACUGACGUAGAUUUUUACAUGAGCUACAAUUCAAACAAUGCUGAUCAAGUUGUGGAACUGUUUAAACAACACUAUAAAAGUGUGGACUACAGAAAAUCAGUACCAGUUAUAACAAUUUUGCUUCCACGAAAGAUCAUUGGCUGCUGUGAAGCAAUGGAUAUUUCUGGCUCAACACGAGGACUGAGAAAGAAGCAUCUGUUAAGAAAAUACUUGACUCAAAAGCCAUGCCUAUUCAUUAUUCUAAAUAUUCUAGUCCAAUGGUUUAGAAGAGUAUUUACUGGAGUUAAGACUUAUUUAUUUGUUUGGAAAAUUAUUGAUUUUUGUAUUGAAAAAAGUUAUCUCACCAAAGAGAAAGUCCCAUCUGACGAGGAGGCAUUUGAAUUAGAAGUCACUAAAGACUCCAUCUUCAUGUCCUCUGUUAUUGAGAAAAUCAAUAUGGUGCCCGAAUUCAAAAAGGAAGCAGAAAUAAUGGUUGACUUUUUCGAGCGUUUACUACGACGCUUUCUGUUGUCACCUGAAUUGACGUUUGCUGAUUGUUUGGACGACGAGCUUACCACUGUUAACAUUGAAAAGUCCAAGUCUGAAAAAAACAAAAUGGAGUCUAUUCGAAGCAGCACAUUCAGCUCAUACCUCUCUCUACUCUUUGGAGGUGUAAGCUCCAUGAUUAAUGCAGUGCAAGAUGAAUGUACUUUUCAAGUCAUGGUACCUCGCUUUAUAUCCAAAGUGUUAGGUUCAGAUGUUCUAAUGUCCAACCAUGUUCGUGAGGAUAUUGAGAGAAAAUGCAAUGUACAAAUUCCAAAUAUAUUUGCCAAAGGCCGCAAUUCGUAUUGGAUAGAAGCUAAAGGAAAGAGAUCAAGUAUAUUUGAUGUAAAAAAGUUGUUGAGCUUGUGGGAUUGUAAUUUACAUCUAUUUGCAUGCAAAAGAAAUAACUUAUUUUUAGAAGGCUCUUAUUUCUCAGAUUUCACUUUAAGCUUAGUGUUAUCACAAUUGCAGCAGCAGAUUCAAAAAGCUGUUGCUUUUAGCACACUUGCUAGCGAUCAUGACGACCCAGAAGAAUGGAGAAUUUCUGUAAAAUUUGGAAAAUACUACAUCAUCAAUUUGGAGAAAUCAUGUUUUUCUGAGAUGCUUGAUAUUUCUCCAAAAGUAUUUAAUCAGGUCAUGCAAAAGAAAACCAAGAAUAUCAAGCUGAAGAAAUUGGUUGACAAAGCUAAUUCAAAGACAGUUGUGCGGAUGGAAGACGAUGAAACGAGCGACGAAGAUUAUUAUGAAAUGCCGUCUCGCCAAAACAAAGUUAAAAACACCGACAACAAGAUCAUUGUUGAGAGAAGUAAUGUCAAAAAGGCGCCUUCCGAUUCGUUUUUCACCUCCAUUGAUGAAGAAUCAAUUAAUGAGCUCAAAAACCAAAUAUUUAACCCAAUUAUGUGCACCAAAGUUGAGAAUGAAACAGAGUACCAUUGUUUCAUUAUCGGUGCAUCCAAAGAUCAAGAGUUUAAAGUGAUAUUGGAUGCCAAUUUUCGCAGGAAAUCUCGAAUAAGCUAUUCUUCAACAAGAUUCUUUGCUUGUUCAUUCAUUUCAAGCAACCCACAACAUUCAGACAUGAGACUAUAUUUUACUAUGAAGUCCUUUGCUGAAGAUAAGAAGACAAACAAAAGUAUUGACUUAUUACUAGACGACAAUGAAUGGGUGAUCAGGCCCGAAACAAGUCAAGACAGUAGUGACUACAAUGAAUGCUAUUGUUCCAAUUCGAAACUUCCAUUUGUGAAUUUAGUAAGAAAACUAGCCAAAGAAAAAUUUAACAUCAGGUAUUCCAAUCAAGUGUUUGAAGUGUCUCUUCUCAAAGUUGACACAUUCAUCCAAUCAGGACGAGGACACUUGUUAGAAUUCUUGGAGAGCCACUACGAGAUGAAAAUUGCCAUUCCUCACAAGAGACCUGUGGAUUAUGAUCUUUGGCAAUGUCGAAUGUUGUGCUUGCUUGGAAUGGAUUGUCUCUCAAUCAUGAAAAAUACCAAUCAGAGAAAUUAA